AUGAAUCCCUGGGCGACGAAUUCGCCCGUUCUCGGCGAGCUCGAUUUUUCAUAUCCCAUUCCAAGUCCUCCCACGCUACCGACGGAUGGACAAAUUACGACUGGUCAAAGCAGUGCGCCCCAAUUGUUCUCUCCCUCUCCAGCGCUUCAUAGCCAUGCGUUCCAUCACGCUGAAUCAUUCGACGCUGCCCCACCCGUUCCCACGACUUCCAUGGGCCCGCCAGCCAAGCCAAGAAAGAGAAAGGCUCCGACACUGCGUGCAGACGAUUGGGAGCCAUACGAAGAUCGAAUUUUAGAGCUCCAUAUUACGCAAAACUUACCGCUUCCGAAAGUGAUGAAGAUAAUUGAGGAUGAAACUGGGUUUACCGCUGAGCUACGACAGUAUAGAACAUGUAUAAGUCGGUUGAAAAAAGACAAGAACGUCAAGCCAAAUGAGAUGAAAGCAAUUGUUAGGAAGCGACAGAAAAGGAAGCUUGUAGAAGUCGACAGAGGCGAGCUUAUAUUUGAAGUCAGAGGCCGCAAAGUGGAGCCACAAAAUAUCGACAGAUGGAUGAAGAGACAUCAUCAUCCCGAAGGCUUCUUGUAUGCCCCCAGUCCCGCUGCAUCAACCCCAUCCGAUGUGGGAUGUCGAACGGUCUCCGAACGCGAUUCUCCGGCUCCAAGCCCUGCGUACUCAGCAGGGAUUCCAUGUUUCUCACCAGCAGCCGUUACGUCUGUCGCCCAUAGUCCUCCGAUGCUGUCUCCUGCCCUCUCAAUCUCGAGCAUAGUUCGACCCCAAGACAGCACUUUUGCAGGGCAGAGUCCGGCUAGCACCUAUCAAUAUGGUCCAGGCUCGCCACCAGCCUUUACUCCAGGCUCCCCACCCACUUUGAUCGCAUCCCAACGCCAAUCUACCUCGGCAGAUCCUCAGUAUCGGUAUCUACAAAAAGAGGAACAGGGACUGCGGGAAGAACUGUCCUUCGCCGAAAAUCUGCAUAGGAUGAGCCACCCGAGGGCCUUAGGCGUACUCUCCAGGUUAGGCGAGGUACUAAUACGCCAAGGAAGAUAUAGGUCCGCGGAGGAAGUAGUUCGCAGAUUGGUGGAAGGUCGCCGAGUUACAAAUGGAGACAAUGAAGUCAGCACACUUGCUGCUUUAAAUCUCCUUGGAGACGUUCUACGUUAUCAAGGACUCUACGCUAAAGCGGAGAAAUUGCACCGACGAACAUUCGAGUCUAGGAAGGCCAUACUGGGAGACGAGCAUCCAGACACGCUGAUUAGCAUGGGUAACCUAGCGGCGACGUAUGGGAAACAAGGGCGGUUAAAGGAGGCCGAAGAGCUAGAGGUGCAAGUAUUGGAGACGAAAAAGAGGGUGCUUGGGGACGAGCAUCCAAAAACGCUGACUAGCAUGUGUAACCUAGCGGCGACGGUGCUUGGGGACGAGCAUCCAGAAACGCUGGCUAGCAUGGGUAACCUGGCGUCAACAUACUGGAGUCAACAGCGGUGGAAGGAGGCUAAAGAGCUAGAGGUGCAAGUAAUGGAGGCACUAAAGAGGGUGCUUGGGGUGGAGCAUCCAGACACCCUGAUUAGCAUGGCUAACCUGGCCUGUACGUGGAAGUCCGUAGGCCAAAAUAAGGAGGCUGUCUCACUUAUGGAAGAUUGUCUCGAGCUACAGCGGAAGCGCCUUGGCCCUCGACAUCCAGACACAGAAGCUUCGCUUUAUUGGCUAAACAAGUGGCAAGCGGAUGAUCUUGCGCUAGAUACUUGA